AUGGGCGUAUAUUCUGCGAAGUUAGAGUUCAUUCCAGCUGCUCCUCAAUGGACCUUUCCCGCCACUGUUGAGCAGGCCCAGAGUUUAGGCGAAGAGUUCAUUUUGUUCCUUAAGAAUUAUGCGCUUGUCUAUUGGACAAAAACGUCUUGGUUCCAGUUCUCCAAGGAUUUGCUGUUUGCGUACGUUUUCACAAAGAUUCUGCGAUUGGUAUUGCAGUAUCUGAAAGGUUACGGGCUUUUGGCUGGUAUUCGGGCCGUUUACGGCUAUGCUCUGAGAUCUGUUUUCAACUUUGUGCUUUCGUUGCCCCCAAUCAAACGCAAGGUUGAUGCCGAGAUUUCUCAGACUAGAGCAAAGAUUGAAAGUGCGCUUCUGGUUUCCGAUGCUGGAAUCCCUGACUUCACAGAGCUCCCGGCCAAGGGUCUUCCUACCGAUAAGGUGUACGAGCUUCUUGACAAGUUGAACGACAUCAAACACAGCGAUUGGAAACACGGGAGGAUCUCUGGAGCUGUUUACCAUGGUGGUGAUGAACUCAUUGAGCUGCAAUCCAAGGCUUAUCAUCAGUUUUCAGUGGCUAACCAAUUGCAUCCGGAUGUGUUUCCUGCCGUCAGAAAAAUGGACUCCGAGGUUGUUUCCAUGACUCUUCACAUGUUCAAUGCCCCAGAGACCGGAUGCGGUACCUCUACUUCAGGUGGAACUGAGUCGUUACUGCUGGCUUGUCUAUCUGCAAGAGAGUACGGUAAGAAAUAUAAGGGUAUCACAUCUCCAGAAAUGGUUGCUCCCGAGUCAAUCCACGCGGGUGUCUUCAAAGCAGCCUCCUACUUUGGAAUAAGACUUCAUCUUGCGCCUCUUGAUCCAGUCACAUUCAAAGUUGACCUCAAGGCAGUCAAGAGACUGGUUAAUACCAACACUGUAUUGAUCCUUGGGUCUGCUCCCAACUUUCCUCAUGGAGUCAUCGACGAUAUCGAGGGCCUGAGCAAAAUUUCCACCCGCUGGGGUAUUCCACUGCACGUAGACUGCUGUCUUGGUUCCUUCAUAGUUGCAAAUCUCACCAAAGCUGGGUUCAAGGAUGUUCCUCUGUUUGACUUCAGGGUUCCUGGUGUCACUUCGAUCAGUUGCGAUACCCAUAAAUAUGGAUUUGCUCCUAAAGGCUCUUCUGUGAUCAUGUAUCGGAACAACAAGCUUAGAGAGUGUCAAUAUUACAUUUCUACUGAGUGGAUGGGUGGUCUGUAUGGUUCCCCAACACUUGCUGGUUCCAGACCUGGAGCCCUCAUGGCCGGAUGCUGGGCCACAAUGGUUAAUAUUGGCCAGGAGGGUUAUGUCAACUAUUGUCGCGAGAUUGUGACUGCUGCGCGUCGUUUGAAGGAUGCCAUUACUAAUGAAAUCGCCGAAUUGGAUGUUAUUGGCGACCCAAUUGGCUCGGUCGUGGCUUUCAAGAGUAACCUGGUCAACGUUCACCAACUGGGUGACAAAAUGGGGGCUAAAGGCUGGCAUCUGAGCGCAUUGCAGAAGCCACCGGCUCUUCAUCUUGCUGCUACAAAUCUGUCCAUUCCCAUUGUCGAGGAACUGAUUUCUGAUCUCAAAGCGUCCGUCGAGGAGUUGAAGGAAUCGGGUUCUGAAAAGGACAAAGGUGAUACUGCAGCUCUGUAUGGAGUGGCCGGAAACGUUCAAACUGGAAAUGUGGCCGAUAGAAUCAUCUCUGCGUUCAUCGACACGUUAUACAAAGUUUGA